AGGAGACUCUGUAGGCAGCUGUGGGGACCCUGGUACACCCGUCCAUGCAAGCAGAGAGGCCAGCAACUUCCAUCUGCGUAGUAAAGUCCGCUUCACCUGCGCUGUGGGCCACACACUGUACGGCUCAGCUGAGAGGAUCUGCUUUCCCAAUGGGACCUGGUCUGGGAAACAGCCCUUCUGCAAACCGGUGCACUGUGGUAACCCGGGGACACCUGCUCACGGCCGUAUUUUCCGGGUCGACGGUACGACCUUCACCCACUCUGUAGUCUACUCCUGUAUGGAUGGAUACCUCCUCUCAGGCACGCCCACCAGACACUGUCUGGCCAACGGCACCUGGUCUGGCACCGCUUCUAACUGCACCAUGAUCAGCUGCGUUGACCCAGGUGUUCCUGCUAAUGGUCUGAGGUUUGGAGAGGACUUCACUGUGGGCCACAACGUCACCUUCAUGUGCCAGCCUGGCUACCUGAUAGAGGCAGGCGGGACCACAACUCUCACCUGUACCCACAAUGGCACCUGGAGCGCCACCACGCCCAUCUGCAAAGUGGUGACCUGCCCUCCGCCUCCUCCCGUCCACAACGGGCUCCUGGAGGGCUCCGUGUUUGAGUGGGGUACCAGCGUGAGCUACAGCUGCCUGCCCGGGUACGACCUCUCCUUCCCAGCUAUCCUCACCUGUGUGGGUCUGGGCUCCUGGAGAGGAGAUCUGCCUCAGUGUCUGCUGAUCAGCUGCGUUGACCCAGGUGUUCCUGCUAAUGGUCUGAGGUUUGGAGAGGACUUCACUGUGGGCCACAACGUCACCUUCAUGUGCCAGCCUGGCUACCUGAUAGAGGCAGGCGGGACCACAACUCUCACCUGUACCCACAAUGGCACCUGGAGCGCCACCACGCCCAUCUGCAAAG